UUAGCUCAGGGCACCAUUUCUCUCUUUACAUAAAUGUUAGAACACUAGGUUCUAACAGAGAUCGAAAACUUAAAAUGGAAGCAGUUACAGAAUUGGAUGAAGCAACUCUAAGAGGCCAAGCAGACGUAUGGAAGUACAUGCUCGGCUUUGCAGAUUCCAUGGCUUUGAAAUGUGUUGUGGAGCUCCGGAUACCAGAUAUUAUACACACUCAUGGUCAUGCAUUGACCUUGUCUGAAAUAACCUCGUCCCUCGACUCUGCAUCACCCUCUCCAGACAUCACAUGCCUCUCUCGCAUCAUGCGGUUGCUGGUUCGCAGGAACAUUUUCACCGCACAUCAUGACUGUGGAGAUUCUGGAGAAACCCUCUACGGCUUGACUCACUCGUUUAGAUGGCUCUUACAUGAUUCAGAGCUCACUCUAACUCCGAUGGUUCUCAUGGAGACAAAUCCUACUCUAAUGGCGCCAUGGCACUGUUUCAGCCAAUGCGUCAAGCAAGGCGCCCCAUGCGCCUUUGAAAAAGUGCAUGGCCGCAAUAUUUGGCAAUUCUUCUCCGAAAAACCAGAGUUCAACCAAUUGUUCAACGAUGGCAUGUCGUGCACUACUAAGAUUACAAUGAAAGCGAUACUCACGGGAUAUAAGGGUGGGUUUGAAGAUGUGGCAACAUUGGUGGAUGUUGGUGGUGGGACUGGAAGCGCAGUGGCGGAGAUUGUGAAGUUGUAUCCCAGCAUUAGGGGCAUCAACUUUGAUCUACUACAUGUAGUUGCAACAGCGCCAGUGUACCAUGGGGUGUCACAUGUUGGAGGUGACAUGUUUGAUGAGGGCAAUAUUCCAAACACUGAUGCAAUUUUCAUGAAGUGGAUUAUGCACGACUGGAGCGACAGCGAUUGUGUCAAGAUAUUGAAAAACUGUCGAAAGGCGAUACCGGAAAGAAGUGGCAAGGUGAUUAUUGUGGACGUUGUUCUAGAGCCAAAUGGUGAUGGCAUGUUCGACGACACAGGCUUGGUGUUUGAUUUGCUAAUGAUUGCACACACCUCAGGUGGAAAGGAGAGGACUGAGAGUGAAUGGAAGAAGAUUUUGGAACAAGCAGGCUUCCCUCGUUACAAAAUCAUCAAAAUUCCAGCCUUAUUGUCCAUUAUUGAGGCCUUCCCUGUGUGAAAAAUUAAAUCUUAUAAUAGCGAGCAGUAUUAAUAAGAUGUGUGGCUAUGUUACAGUGUUUGAUCAACAUCAAUUAUUCAGUAGUAAAUUGGUGGCAAGCUGUGGGGCAGCUUUUCUUCUAAUUAGCUUCAUGAAAAAUACCCAAAUCGGAUAGGUGUCUAGGCCGGCCGGAAAGAUGCGCACAAAACUGAAAUCAUCAGUUUAGGGUUUUUCAGCAUCGACGUAAUCAGGUAUCAGAUAACCAAAAAAUAGUACAAAAUUCGUUGUGCUAGCUAGAUUCAUUUAAGCACUCUGCCUGAUGUUUACAUAGUUCAAAUCGAAAAUCU